AUGUCUGACUCCGCCAAAGACAAGCUUCCUACCGCCACGGAGCCGAAGCCAGACAAUGACCCAGCCUCGGUUACCACCCCUCCAGUCGACGGCCGCAAACCCACCGGGUCUCCUUCAUCGCGCCGAUCCACCCUUCCCAGAAAAAGCAGCAGCCCCCGUCCCUGGGCCGAGCUCGACCGUCAGAAAUCAGCGCACGACAUCGUCAUCUACGAAGCCCUCAACCAGCAGCGCCUCGCCAGCCUCGACAUCACCAGAAAGCCCGGCGUCCCCGUGCAGCUCCAGAUCCGCGUCAACAUCCUGGUCAACAGCAAACCCGUAUACGACACCGCCGAGUCCGACAAGACCUUGUUUCCUCAGGUCCAUCGCCGCACCGCCACCGACUUCCGCGACUACUCCACCCUCACCGCCUUCCUCGAGAACGAAGCCCGCCAGCUGUGGGAGACCGCGAAACGCCUGGUUGAUGACGACGAUGACCACCCCAAUGCCACUGCCAGCUUGACUGUCAAUCCAGCUUUGCACCACGACAAGCAAUGGCGCGGCGGCGACCUCGCAUUCAGCAGCCACCGCGUGAUGCUGAAGCUCGAGGAGGACCAGCAUGUGGCGGAGCUGACGGUCGGUCGUACGGUGAUUCACGGGGAUGAGGCGGACGGGCUUAAGCGGCAGACUUAUGUGGGCUGGUAUUGGCGGAAUGUGGAGAGGGGGAGGAGGGAGGAGUGUUUGGUCGAGUAUACCAUCGAUCUCGCUGUCUAG